AUGACUUCACAAUCUACAACAAAUUCUUCAACUCCCCCUUCCACUUCCAUCGACACCAAAUCUGGGCCAGAGAAUGGCCGCCGUCCUCGACCUCAAAGACCGAAUUAUAACCACAUCCACCGCUUCCCCCUUCCUCUCAGUGUCCACCCGCUCCCUCCUCUGAUUCCUCACAAUCCUCUCUCCGUAAUCAGCGUCCUUUUUGCGUACCUCACGAGCCUGGUUUGGCCCCCUCGCCAUGAAGUCUACUCUGCCUACUUUGACUCGGCCACCUCUUCUGUGCAUGUCACGGAUGAAAAGGCGAUACGAGCUCUGUGGGAGAUGGGAUUCUUUGGCAAGGGCAGUUUGAGCAGAAGCGAGCCCAGCUGGCUAGAACGUGAGAAGAAGAGGCGAGGACUGCUCGGAGAGCUCACGAGCGAGGAAGCAACGGGGAAAAGAAGAGCCGAGAGACGCGAGUGGAAGCUGGAGCGAGCGAGGAAGGAAAGAGAAGCCAUUUCUCAGCGAUUGAAAGAGGAGACUGCCGCCAAGCAAGGCAUUGUUCCUCAACCCGAUGCGGCCGCCGAAUCGCAGCCUGAAAAUGGCACAACUAAUGCGUCUGCCGAUGGCCCGUUGGACAAAACCGCAGAGUCACCAGCUAGCCAAGCAGAGGCGGCGGAAGAGACACAAGAAAAGACCGUUGCACAGGAAGUAGGUGACCAUGCAACCAACGGCUCCGUCGACAGACGCUCGCCCAACGGCACCAAGACUGUCCGUUUUUCUCCGAUCGUCGAGGAAAAGAAAUUUGUCUCAGAAUCUGAAAUCACCACACCCAUCCCUGAGCCAGCGACUGGCCAUCAAGAAACAAUCGAGGAACCAUUGAUCAAUCAGGAGCACUUACAGCUUUCAAACGAAGAGGCCUUCUUCCUCGUAUAUGGUCUGGGGGUUCUUCGAGUCGUUGAUGACACCGGCAAGCCCAUCCUAUCUGCAGCUUCCCUAUUAAAGCUAUUUUGCCAGCACUCUUUUUUCCCUCCGCGUGACUCAACCGCGAAUAUUGUGCCUGAUGAUCCAUUCAUGCUGUCGUAUGUGGUGUAUCAUCACUUCCGCUCUCUCGGUUGGGUUGUGCGAUCAGGCGUGAAAUUUGGAGUCGACUACUUGCUAUACAAUCGAGGACCUGUGUUCGCCCACGCAGAAUAUGCAGUCGUCAUCCUCCCUUCAUAUGAGCAUCCUUACUGGGCUGCUACGGAAGAGCGGAGAGAACGAGCUGCCCAGAAGCAGGCGCGCAGCCCAGGUGAAGAAAACCCUGGUGCUGUGUUUCGUGGACAUUCCACCGCCGUCAGCCGUAUCCCCGGACGAUAUUGGAACAUUCCUACGCCAGUACAAGGUCAGGGAAAUGACUAUAAGGCGAUGGGUGCCGAAUCGCACUCGAGAUUAACGCCUCGAUACGAUGGAUUUAAUGGACUGUUCUGUAAAUAUAAUUAA